AUGGAUUUCUAUGCUGACUUAAAUGUUGAGAUAAAGCAAAGCAAGAAUACAACUGUUUCAGUGAGUUUUUGGGACAAGGUUGCAUAUGAGUAUAGAAACAUUGAUUAUGAUUCCUCAUUACUUGCUGCAAUAGAACAUCAUUGGGACAUUAGAAGGCUUCCUGUGGUAGUUUCAGUCAUUAACCAGCCAAGUCAUGUUAGCAAUUUAUGUACUGAAGUUGCUACUGUUGAUGUGAAAUCAAGUCAGUUGUUGAUAUGUAGCACUGAAAUUAAGUCAGAUCUUGUUAGCAAUGAUCUAGAUUCUCAUACCAAUGAUCCUAUUAAUCCUGCUGUUGAUGCACCCAUUGAUCCUGAUUCUUGUACCAAUGAUCCUUGGGGUGAAAAUAAUGAAAUAGAGUAUGUUGGCGUAGAUGAUGAGCCUAUUGAGCCUGCUGGACCUGCUUCUAACAUUGGGUUUGAUUAUAUUCCUGACACUGAUGAAGAAGAUAAUGAUGACUGUGCUAUUGAUGAUGAGGAAGGAAGUGAUGUGGUUGAGCAUGUAACUGACUUAGAAAACUCCAAGAUUGUUGUUGGUGUGACAUUUGAAGAUAGAGACACUUUCAUGAGAGCUAUUAGAAAGUAUGCUAUUCUGAAUGAGGUUGAAAUUAUAGCUCGUUAUAAUGAAGCAAAGAGGUAUAGAGCUCGUUGUAAAGGCAAGAAGUGCAAGUGGAGAAUACAUGCAUCACAACUGCAGGAUGAAAGGACAUGGCAGAUUAAGAAGAUGCCCAACAAGCACUUUUGCAAGAGCACAAGUAAAGUAGACAAAAAUUGCAUGGCUAAUCAAUUCUGGAUUAGAGAUAGAGUAAUCCAAUGGUUGAUGCAAGAUCCCACAAUUGGAGCUUCUGCUUUGAAGAACAAGUUGGAGGAGAAGUACUUGAUCAAGUUGUCCUACUGGAUUGUGUACAAUGGCAGGGGGUUAGCACUUGAUGAGAUCUUGGGCAAAUGGGAGGACAGUUUUGACUAUGUUUUUGCAUUCAAGGCAGAGAUAGAGAGAAAGGCUCCUGGCAGCAUAGUAGAGAUAGAUUAUGAAAAGGUUGGGUCCAAGAUGAGAUUUAGCAGGAUGUUUAUUGCUUUGAGGCCAUGUAUUGAUGGAUUCAAAAAUGGAUGCAGACCAUAUUUGGGCAUUGACUCCACUGCUCUUACUGGAAGGUGGAAGGGGCAGUUAGCUGCAGCUAUAGGCAUUGAUGGACAUAACUGA